AUUACCUUUCCGUGAACGCGUCCAACGACACUCCUCAAGACAUCCUCUCCGCCAACAAAAACUAUUCAUCAUGGGUCGUAUGCACGCUCCUGGCAAGGGCAUUUCGUCCUCUGCCCUCCCUUACAAACGUUCCCCUCCUUCAUGGCUCAAGACUACGCCAGAUGAAGUCGUCGAGCAUAUCAUGAAAUUGGCUCGCAAGGGUCUCACUCCCUCUCAGAUCGGUGUUACCCUGCGUGACUCGCAUGGUAUCCCUCAAGUGCGCUUCGUCACUGGUAACAAAAUUCUCCGUAUCCUCAAAUCCAACGGAUUGGCACCAUCCAUCCCAGAGGACCUUUGGCACCUCGUCAAAAAGGCGGUGGCCGUGCGCAAGCACCUUGAAGUCAACCGCAAAGACAAGGACUCCAAGUUCCGUCUUAUCUUGAUCGAGUCUCGCAUUCACCGUCUUGCUCGUUACUACAAGACGAAGCAGCAGAUCCCUCCUACAUUCAAGUAUGACUCUGCUACGGCUUCUACUUUGAUUGCGUAAGCAGUAGUGGGCUCUGGCGUGGCUGUUGGAGCAAAUCAUAUUCUGAUAUUUGUCGCACAAUUCCUUCACCGAUAUCAUGCAAAAAAUUAGGCUUAUGCAGAACUAUGCUCAAAUAUCCGGGCUCGUGAUUAAGGAGAACGUAAACCCAGAUUUCAAGUUAUCG